GGGACAGUGACAGGGAGGGGACAGUGACAGUCACAGGGAGGGGACAGUGACAGGGAGGGGACAGGGCCAUGGCGCAGCCGAGCUUCAUCCCGCUCCUCGCCUCUCUCCCAAUCCUUUUCCCGCUGGCGACGCCAUCAGACCUCACUCUCCCCGCCCCCAACAUCUCGGUGAAGCCGCCCAAGCCGCGGUUCCUCAUCGGCGACUCCGUGUCCAUCGCCUGCGCCGCGCCGGCGAGCAGCGACCGGAUCCAAGGGUUCCGCUUCACCAGCACCUCCGGUUGGGCCACCGACGUCCGGACGUCCAAGAGGACCUUCGUCCACACCAUCAUCAUCGACGGCCCACGCGACGGCGGCUUCCACUCCUGCUCCUACAGCGUCCUCCGGCGCGGCCGCGACAAACUCUACUCCCUGGCCAGCCAGGCCGUGCUCAUCAACGUCCAAGACCGUCCAACCCAGCCCAACCUGACAGUGAUGCCCUCCAGCAUCACCGUGGAAGGGCAGCCCCUUGUCUUCUUCUGCACGGCCCCGCCCGGCCCCGCCGAGCGGCGAUUUCGGUUCUUCCAGGAGGAGCUCGAGGUCACGGACUGGAUCCAGGAAGAUUCCAGAGCCGGUGGCGUCCGGCUGCGGGUGGAGAGGAGUGACCAGAACCAGACCGGGAACUUCAGCUGCCGCUAUGAGGAGAUGACCGAGGGGCGUUGGAUCGCCUCCUACCCCAGCGACGCCAUCCAGGUUGUUGUCAAAGACCCGUGCCCAGCCCCUCUCCUGUCCGUGGAGCCGCCCUCGGGCGUGGUGGCCGCCGGCCACCGGCUGCGCCUGACCUGCGCCGCCCCCCGCCGCGACUUCCGGCGCCGCUUCCGCUUCUUCCGCGAUGGCGCCGAGGUGACGCCGGGUGACGUCGGCGACGCCGAUGACGUCAUCGGUGAUGUCGCCGGGGAUGGGUCCGAGCUGCUCUUCCCGCGGAUUUCCCCGGAAUUGGCCGGGAAUUUCAGCUGCCUGCUGGAGGAGGAGGUGGGCGGGGCCUGGCUGGAGGCUCCGCCCAGUCAGGGCGUGGCCGUUGUGGUCAGUGGUAAGUGGGGGAUUUUGGGGUGAAAAGUGGCGGAUUUG